CUUUUUACAAAUCUCAAACUCUUUGUCUCCGGUUUGGUAGAGAUCGAACCAUCUGUGUUUGAACCACUCCAGUACAAAUACUCAAAAUAUUGACAUCUUGGGAGAGAACUUCGAGAAAACUGAUACAUUUGGGCAGUGCAGGAUGUCCUUGAAAAGAACAAAACAUUAUACAGCUUUUGCCAAACUUUGCAAAACAGCUCCCCGAGGACGUUAUGACCCCUGACCUCAAAACAACAUGACAGCGCAGUAUUGCGUGACGAGGGAAAUUCCGCAAUGAGAAAUACUCGAUGUAUUCUUCUGUGAAGCACCGGUGCAGUGACACGACAUUCGUGGUCGUUGAGGGGACCUCUCAUCAUAGUCUCCUUCCAAAAAAAGGACGAAAGUCAGAUGAAAUCCCUACGCCGUGUGUGUCGUUUCAACUUCAUGAAUAUGAAACUGACACUGUGGAACAGGAAUCAUGCUUCUAGGGAGUGGCCAUGCAGCAUUCAACGUACGGUGCUCGUCUGCGCGUCAUGGAAGCUUUAUAAUGGCUACUCAUAAUUAUGAUCGGUUCUUUUAAAACCAGCUGGACGUGUUCGGCAUUUAGCAAGUCAUGGCUUCAGGUUUUGAUCACAGGAGGCCCUACGGCUUCAGCAGAAAUCAGGACCAAUUUCCUUCUCAUGACGAUUUCACAAUGGCCAAUGACAGAAGAAGACGUACGGAAGCUGAAAGACAGCGUCAGGAUGCAAGACCUAGUCGUGGACACUCAAGAGGUUACGGUGAAGUUCACAACUUUAUGAUGAGCACUGUUGAUUCAGAUCCAACCAUAACAGGUGCCAGACGAAAAACUUUCCCCCCUCAGCAAAGGGGGUAUACUGGUCGUGAACAAAGAGUCAGUUCUGGACGUUAUGUGCCGCACCAACGUAGGAUGGAAGAUCGCAGCUAUGGGACUCAUCGGGAGACAGGAAGUUAUGCGCGUCGCUUCCACGCACCUACAUGUACGGGGACGGAUCACACGAGUAGACCCCCUGCGUUUGAGACCCGAAGUGGAUUUGAGCGAGGAAGCCGAGGCAAUGACGAGCUGACAAGUGGUUAUGGUAAACAGAAACAUUACAGGACAGAUUUCAAAAGACGCCCACUGGACAACAGAACUGCCUCCUCACAUUGGAGAGGCGAAAGGGGACGUCACAAUCGAGUGCCCAGGACGAGGGCAGAACGUACACCCGACGAGGAGUCCGAUUUCAGGCGGUACAGUACUUCAUUCUUCACGACGACGGAGAGAAGCGAGAACGAAGCCACAAGAAACCCUUCCAGUGAUUCUUCAAAUACGAGACCAUCCAACGAUAGCAUCGCAGAACCACAUCAAACUCCAGAAAACACGUCCGAUCAAAUGGUAAGCUCAGAGCCAUAUAGGGUUAAACCUGCAUCUACGACGCCUGCGCUAACGGAAAAACAACUGCAGAGCUUCCUGGAAGACAAACCAUCAGAUAUACUCAAUGAAUUGAUCAGAAAGAAGGAUGCCUGUAUGGCGUUGUUGUGUCAAGACCAGAUUGAUGACAACACAAUAGAAUUGAUACUUCAGGUGUUGUCAGCAUUGUGUAACUUAGAUCCCUUGUCAGCUUACACUGAAGAAUUAAACACAGUACUGGCCAUGGUUGAGUCUUCCUUGUUUCUGAGCAAACAUGUGACUAGGUUUUUAGUAGGUUUUAUAGUCAAAGAACAAGAGGAAGUUGAUGACAAUGAUCACGAUAUUCGGAGACUUACUAUGGUGCUGAAAUUACUUGAAAUGUUCCUUCAGCAUAAGCCGAGUAGGUACUGUGAGGUAGGAGGGGCUCUAAUUCUAUUGGAGAAGAUUGUGACGUCAAGCUCGCUCCUAGAAGAUUUAAAACAACUAAAGAUUGCCUACGAGGCAGUGGAGCAGGCUCAGAGAUCAGUCAAGCAGCGAGCCAUGGAAAAACCACCACCAAACAACUUCAGAGAUAUCAAAAUCUUCCCAGAGAGCAGCGAGAUUCGGCGAGUCACCAGGCCGUUUCUUCGAAAGAACAUCAUAGAGGGAAGAUAUGAGAGUGUUGAACAUUACCUGGAUGUCCAGUUCAGGUUGCUCAGAGAGGACUUCGUGGCACCGUUGAGGGAAGGUGUUACCGAGUUCCUGUCAGAUACCAACGGACGCAUCAAAGACAUCCGAAUCUAUGACAAUGUCUUCAUCAGAAGCGAAACAAUGGGUGAAAAUGGCUUUGUCUACACGCUCGAGUUCGCUAGAACACCCCCGAUGAGACGCAUACGCUGGGAAGCGAGUAAGCGCCUCCUGUAUGGUUCCUUCGUCUGUCUCACUAAAGACAAAUUCCAGCACAUUAUUUGUGCAACGGUGGAGAACAGAGAAGUAAAGGAUUUGGAGCAGGGUAAGUUGGGUGUCCGCUUCUUGACCCAGACAAAGAAUCUUUCCAGAGGUCCGUACAUAAUGGCUGAGUCAGCGGCUUAUUUUGAGGCAUGUCGCCAUGUUCUGCAUGGGCUACAGCAGAUAGAUGAAGACAAUUUUCCUUUCACGAAGUACAUUGUGGAUGUAACUUCCAUCGUUGACCCACCCGAAUACCUUCACGAAAAAUGUUCUGUCGUGUAUGACCUCAGUUUACUAGCUGCCAAAUCCAGUUCACCAGCUCCUUCGCAAAUUCAACGAACGGGGGACCUACACCGCAGUAACCUCCUUGCAGCUGUCAACCAAACUAAGCGAAUUGCAUUCAACGUGUCAAUUCUGGAGAAAGAUACCUGGCCUGGUGCGCAGGAUUUGUGCCUUGAUGAGUCUCAGAAAGCUGCUGUCCAAACAGCCCUUACGAAGGAGUUCGUCCUUAUUCAAGGUCCUCCUGGAACAGGAAAGACAUACGUCGGUCUUAAAAUCGUACAACUUCUUCUUCACAAUAGGUGUCGAGUGGAUAAUGAAUGCAUUGCUUCCUCGCCCAUUCUGGUAGUGUGUUACACGAAUCACGCUCUGGACCAGUUUCUUGAAGGAAUCCAUGAUUUUGGCGAACUCGAGAUCGUUCGCGUUGGUAGCCGAAGUAACAGCAAGCUACUUGAAGACAAGAACCUUUCCCAGUUGAGACGAAAUAAACGAAAGAAGAGAGGGAGAGAACGGAGAGAAGUCGAUUGGAUUUCCAAUCGCUUGCGAGACACUGAUGAGAGGAUUCGACGUUUACUGCUAAAACUGGAACUUCCACGGAAGGUCCUAUUGAAUGUCAGGGCUCUGCAGAACUACAUGAGUCAUUCGGAAUUCAGUGCUCUUUUAAUACAACAGCGUGGAUGCAACGAACCCCAGGAGGAGCCACAAAAGCUGUUGGAUUGGUUAGGGGUCACUGAGGAGGAGAAAGAAGAUAAGAUGAUUGAGCAGCAGGUGUUUCAAGAAAAUGCAGCAUACGAUGCGGGGUGCAAUAAACGCUGUGGUAAAAAUCGCGAUUUGGACCCCGUUAUGCAGCUUAAGAAACCUGAUAUGAUGACUGAUGACCAGGCCAGUGAAGUUGAACGUGUCUGGUCGCUGAAGAUUUGGGAUCGUUGGCGUUUGUAUAGAUUCUGGGUUAGGAAAUAUUUGGAGUACCACAAGGCCGAACUUCAAAGGCAACGUCAGGCUCACGAUGACAUUUGCAAGGAGUUACAAGCCGUAAAUAUGCAAAAUGACGUUAGCAAAGAAAAUGGACUGAAGGAACAGACAGAUUCAAAAGAAGUUGAAAAGACCAAGUCAAGACUUAGGGAGACGGACAAGAUGAUCUUUUUAACACUUCUUAAAAUAGAACUGCCUACAAAAGUCCUGUUGAGCGUUAAGGCUCUAAGAAAAUAUAUGAGCCGUUCUGAAUACGGAGCCCUUUUGAUACAACAUCAAGAGGGUAUGAAACCACAAGAGAAUCCGCAAAAACUUCUGAACUGGCUGGGCGUCAUUGACGUAAGUGAAAACAUCAACGUGGAAGAUGAGGGACGACGAAUUCAGAUGGAACGUCAAAUAGACGAAGGGGGCGACUUUUGUACAAUACGAGAGGAACGUCUACAGGCCAUUGAACAGGAGACCUUGCGUGAAAACGCAGCGUAUGAUCUUCAAUGUUAUAAACGCUGUGGAAAAAAUCGUGAUGUUAUACCGGUUGUGGAGCUCCAAAAACCCGAUGUGAUGAGUGAUAAGGAGGCUAGCGGGGUCAACCGUGUCUGGUCUCUGAAGAUUUCGGAUCGUUGGCGUUUGUACAGACUUUGGGUAAGGAAAUAUCUGGAGGACCACGAAGCUGAACUUCAAAGGCAACGUCAGGUAUACGAGGACCUUUCUGAAAAGUUGCAAGAUUUUCGUUCGGAAGAAGAUCUUGAAAUUCUUCGGGAGGCAAAUAUAAUCGGUAUGACGACCACGGGUGCAGCUAAAUAUCGUGCUGUAUUACAGCGUCUUCGUCCCGGUAUCGUAGUGGUGGAGGAGGCUGCUGAAGUUCUUGAGGCUCACAUCAUCACUACCUUGACUGCAGCAUGCCAACAUCUUAUUCUCAUUGGAGAUCAUCAACAGCUGAAACCAAACCCAACAGUCUACCGCCUGGCGAGGCAGUUCAACUUGGACACCUCUCUGUUUGAGAGAAUGAUCAACAACGGUGUGCCUUGUAACACGCUCUCGCAUCAACACCGAAUGAGACCCGAAAUCUCCUCUCUGAUGAAGAAACAUUUCUACAACAAUCUCCACGACGACGAAUCUGUGUUGAAAAUGGAUGACAUCAAAGGUGUAAAACAUAACAUGUUCUUCAUCGACCAUCAGCACUUUGAAGACGAAACUGACGACAAUAAAACCAAAUCAAACAGACAUGAAGCUCUCUUUCUUGUUGGAUUGUGCAAAUACUUCUUACAACAAGGCUAUAAACCCUCUCAAAUCACUGUUCUGACAGCCUACACUGGACAACUAUUCUGCUUCAGGCGUCUCAUGGAUAGAAACACAUUUGACGGAGUAAGAGUUUGUGUUGUAGACAACUUCCAGGGAGAAGAAAAUGACAUCAUCCUGUUGUCUCUGGUACGAAGCAACGAAAAAGGUUCCAUUGGUUUCUUGAGUACUUCUAACCGCGUCUGCGUUGCAUUGUCUAGGGCUCGCAUAGGUUUCUACUGCAUUGGAAAUGUAAGCAUCUUGAAGAAGGCAGAGAAAUGGCGGGAAAUUUCAACUUCUCUUCAGGCUGAAAAACGGAUUGGUACUUCAUUGCCAUUGGUGUGUCAAAACCAUCAAGACAAAAUAACCGAAGUUGAAUCAGGAGAGGAUUUCAAGAAGGUUCCCUUGGGAGGCUGUGGUGUACCUUGCGAGUAUAGGCUUCCUUGUGGCCAUGUAUGUGAUUUGCUCUGCCAUCCCCUUGAUCCUAAUCAUGAAAAAUACAAGUGUGAAAAAUCAUGUCCAAAAGACUGCGGUCGACAACAUCCGUGCCCGCUUCAGUGCUUUGAAGGCUGCAAACCAUGUGAUGUGAAACUUACCAAAACAAUGUCUGACUGCGGUCAUGUGAUCCAGGUUUUCUGCUACGAGUUCGAUACGAUUACUUGUCCCAUGCCGUGUCCCAGGUUGUACGCUGAUUGCGGGCAUCGAUGUCGGAAACUCUGUGGUGAGAACUGUCUUCAGACGUGUCCUGAAGAGUGCGAGAGGAAGUUGUUAUGUGGUCAUUCAUGUAGGAAUCCGUGCGGUGAUCCUUGCACCGAUUACUGUGAAGUACAAGUCGAGAGAACCUUGACGAUGUGUGGCCAUACAGUUCGCAUGGACUGCGGUGAAAAGCAAGACGAGCACCUGUGCAAAGUUAAGGUUUGGAGAAAUCUACCGAAAUGCGAUCACCGAACUGAAAUGUUUUGCCAUGAUGAUCCUGAUACUGCGAAAUGCAUAAGGAGAUGUGAAAAGGUGCUUGAAUGUGGGCACCAAUGCAAAAACAAAUGCUUUCAAAACUGUCAGGAGAUGUGCCUUGAAGACUGUAAGAGGGCGCUAUCUUGUGGUCACCCAUGCGCAGAAUUAUGCAGUUCUUCAUGCACUACUUUCUGUAGAGUCACAGUUGAGAGAACCUUAACUGAGUGUGGUCAUACCGUUUACAUGGAUUGUGGUGAAAAGUCUGACGAUUAUUUGUGCGAAGAGAAAGUUUGGCGAGUUUUACCAAAAUGUGAUCACCGUGUUGAAAUGUAUUGCCAUACAGACCCAGGCUCUAUCUUGUGUAAGAAAAGCUGUGAUAGGGUGCUUGAAUGUGGACAUCCGUGUCCAAAGAAGUGCUACCAAAACUGUCAGAAGCGGUGUCUUGUACAAUGUGAGAGAGCACUCUCUUGUGGCCAUCCAUGUAAAAACGUGUGCGGUGAUCCAUGUACUAAGUAUUGUGAAGUUGAAGUCGAGAGAACUUUGCGGAAGUGUGGUCAUACCGUUUACAUGGACUGCGGUCAAAAGCCGGACGAGCAUAAAUGCCGAGUAAAAGUUUGGCGAGUUCUACCCAAGUGCAAUCAUCGUGCUGAAAGGUGUUGUUACAGAGACCCGGGCUCUAUUCAUUGCAGGGAAAGCUGUGAAAGGGUGCUUGAAUGUGGCCACCCAUGUCAAAAGAAGUGCUACCAAGACUGUCAGGAGUGUUGUCCUGAAAAGUGUGAGAGAACACUUUCUUGUGGUCACCCAUGCCAAAACGUGUGCAGUGAUCCAUGCACUAAAACGUGUAAAGUUCAAGUGAGGAGAACUUUGCCGAAGUGUGGCCAUACCGUUCGUAUGGCAUGUGGUGAAAAGCCAGGCGAGCAUCAGUGCACAGAGAAAGUUUACAGAGAUCUACCUAAGUGUGAUCAUCGUGCAGAAAUGCUUUGCUUUCAAAACCCCGACUCCUUCGAAUGUAAGGAAAGAUGCGAGAAAGUUCUUGAAUGUGGACAUCGAUGCCCAAAUGUCUGUGGUAAACCAUGUACGGUUUCUGACCUUUCUCGACCUGAAUUCACCGCAAAUCUGUUUUUCUACAGACUCAAGAGAAAUAUCAAGCCGUGUGAAGAACCUGUGAAAAAGACGUACACUUCUUGCGGGCACACCGUGACUGUUCCCUGCCACAAAGACCUUUCCUCAGUACCAUGUACCAGUCGUUGUGAACUGCUACUGUCUUGUGGACACCGAUGCCCUAAUGUCUGUGGCAAACCUUGUGAUGUUUCUGACCUUCCACAAUUAAAAAAAAGCGAAAUUUCGAAUUUGUACAGGCGUGGAGAAAAUACUAAGCCAUGUGAAGAACCUGUGGAAAAGACUUAUACUACUUGUGGCCACACUGCGACCGUUCCGUGUCACAGGGAUAUUUCUUCAGUGCCAUGUUUAAGGCGUUGUGAACUGACAUUGCCUUGUGGUCAUCAGUGUCCAAGAAAAUGCGGUCAAAGUUGCCUUGGAGAAAGGGUGGAUGACGAGAUCAUCUACAAGGAUAAUUCUGCAUACACGAAGUAUAACAGCACGUACUUUUUGUCAUUAUGUCAGGAGAAAUGUAAAAGAGAGCUUCCGUGCGGGCAUAAAUGCCCGAACAAAUGCGGUGAACCUUGUCCACAGGUAAAACCGACUGCAGAUCGACGAAUGAAUGACUGGUUGGGCAUAAAAGGCAUUACCACGCAGUGUCAGGAGCUCGUGAAGAAGAAGCUCCCAAACUGUGACCACAUCAUAAGCGUCCGCUGCCCCACGGAUGUCCGCUCUUUUUCCUGUACAAAAAACUGUGAGCGGGUGCUUCCUUGUGGCCACAGGUGCCCUAAUAAAUGCAUUGAUCCCUGUCCCGGGAGUGCAAUCUUCAAGUCGAAUAGGUUCAAAAGGUCUAAGAACUACCGACAGCGUGCGGGUCCACGUGAGAGAUGUGAAGUUACCGUCACGAAAGCUCGGGCGUGCGGACACAGCUUCAAAACUAUGCCAUGCUGGAAGGCAGAACAAGCCGCCAAAAUGCCGUGCAAGGAACCAUGCAGGGCUGAACUUCGGUGUGGUCAUGCGUGUACCGGUAACUGUCAUGAUUGUCAACAAGGCUCACGUCACAAACCUUGCACUAAAAACUGCACCAAGCAGCUCCUCUGUGGCCACAUGUGCGGUUUUGAGUGCAGUAAGAUUUGUUCUCAAGAUUGUAGAAAGUGCAGUGAUGAUCACAGACAGACUAAGAGUCGAGAUUCUGCGGCAUCUCCAUCUCCAUCUUGCAAACAUAACAUCACACAUCAUCAUCUGAAGACAAAAACUUGCAUACGACCUUGCGACAGAAAGCUUCAAUGCAAGCACCCAUGCAUUGGCGUCUGCAAUGAACCAUGUCCUCCAUACUGCAGUGUUUGCAGCAAAAAGAGCGUCCGCUCAAAUCUUCCUAAAGGAAGUCCUAUUAGGCCCAGGGAUCUGUACAUUUAUCUUCCUAACUGUAAACAUCUUUGUGAGAUGCGGACCCUGGAUAGAAUGUUCACAACGGUCAAGAACACCCUUGAAAAAGAUUACUUCUUGAUUCGUCCUGUUCCGUGUCCUAAAUGCAAGGAGCCAAUUCGCCACUGUUCUCGUUAUAAUGGUAUUCUUCAAACUGUCACGAAGUCUGUCAAUACCGCAAGACAGAUUUGCGCUCGAAGUAGAAGGGGUGAUGUUGGUACAACCCCCCUGUCCUUUGCCUCUGGGAAAUGGAUGAGAUGUCGUCAAGGUCACGUGUUCUUAUUAGAGGAGGAAAACGAAGUUGUUGGGCGACAGAAGGAACCACGGUGCUCCGAGUGCUCUCAAAAGAACGGUUGAGAACGUCUUUGAGUAUGGCUGCAACCUCAAUCCAGCCAUCCAUUCAAUUCAUUACUAGAAGUAAAGGUAUAAAGUGAAACAAAGUACAAAUCAAAUUCGUCGACGAUGUCGAGCGCUGUCUUUUCAGGUAAAAGCAACAACCCCGGUGUAGAAGAGACAUAUCGCGUGCAGGGAUUCGACAAUGCGUGAUGUAAUACCACAGAAUGCACGCGAUAUAGCUAUGUUCACAAGCCAAUGGCAUAAGCUAAAGUGUCCCGCGACAUGCUUGCAAAAUUUGAUUUCUAUCUGCGUAUGAGCGCAGUUUUUCCCACCAAGGAUUAUCGUUCUUCGUUGAUAUGUAAAAACCUAUCAUGUCUUGUUCCUGCACCUUUUAGGGAGUGUUUUAUACCUUUGUAUAAAAAAGAAGAAGUACCGUAAUUUAAAUUUGGCUGAAGAUGGGCACACAGUUUAUUUGUUUAACCCUAACUCCCUAGGGUGAGUACAAAAUCAUAUUAAAAUUAGAGGAUUCAGGAAUGUUAGGGUUAACAUUAUAUAUUAGUAGCAUCAAUGACACUAGAAUGAUUCUUCCUCUGUGUAAGAACAACGGGAAUUAAAGAGUUACAACUUGCUUGAAGCAUUUCAGAAAAUUUGACAGAUUUUUGUGUACAAAACUAAACUCAAAGCUAUCACACAUGUCAAAUGCUUGCUAAACCCGUAUUAUGAAAAGAUAAAUCUAUACAUGCACAUAAAAUGUUAUUUUGAAUUCAGAAUUGAGAAUGUUACAAAGCUGUAUAAAUUUUGAUUUUGAAUCAUAUUUGUUGUGAGUUACACGUACAGUGCUAAAGAUUUACAUUAUAUGUAUCUUUAAAAGAUUGUCUACUUCUUGAGAAAUACUAUACCCCAAUGUGUUGGAGUAACACAACAUGUUUAUAACGUGACUUUGGAGAAGGUAAAUUCGGAAACUUAAUAUUAAAAUGACAUGUAAAGGUGGUUUAGUUUUCUUCUCAGCAAAGUCCCAUGAUUUUUGGACAACUAUAUUAUUAGUUUUUCCUUGAAUCUUGAAGUAUGUUUAAUUUGUAUUCAUCUUUUGAAAUGGACUAAAAGAUACACGUGGUUGCUGCUUGUCAAUUCAUUGUAAUUGUGAUUGUAUGCAAUGGAAUUCUUGGUACUACAUAUAUUUUGAUAAAAAAAACAAACCAAACCAAAAGAAACAUUUAACACUGUUUUGUAGAGAACUCGAGGUUUCUCGAUAAGGAGUUUGUUUUAUUAAUAGCCAUUUCUUAUUGUUAAGUCUUGAAGGCUGUAGAUUAUUAUGAAGACGUCCAUUAUCUGACAUGAACUGUUCCAAACGAACAGUUCACGUAUCUAGAACAGCUCAGUACAAAGAAUUAUUACACCUUCAGUUCGAGUGGUCAGGAUUAUUACUGACAAUUUGAUAUUUUGCAUCUUACUUUUUACUUUUUUUUACCACACUUAAUUUGUUUUUCUUUUAUCAAUUAUAUAACCUGCUUUGUUUUCGUGUCUUUUAAUAUUGAUAUAUUAUAUUUGUUUUGUACUAAGUAGCUUAAAGAAAUAACCGCAAAUGCUUUAUAAUCAUACAAUACAAUAUAACGAAUAUCUAUGACUGAAUGUACGCAAAAAAUACGUAUAAAAAGUGUUAUAAAAAUAAUAAGUAAUCUUUUAACAAAUUUAGCAAAAUUGCUGGAAAAGUUUGAAGUUUUGGUAAAUGUUAAAUUAUCCUUAAUUAAAUAUUCUGGCGAAGUUUGCAUUACGUAGCGUUUAAAAAGUUAUAACAUUGUAAUAAUGGGUUUUAUCCUUACGCGACGUAUCUUGUAAUACAUCUUGUAAUAGUUUAAACAGUUACUUGUCAAAAGAGGUUUAUGUGAACCAAACUAACGAGCAGUCUAAAGUAGGGCAGCUGUCAGGUUUUGAGGUCAAAUGCUUUUUAGAAUAUUUAAACAAAACUAUAAAAGCUCAUGUGAAGUGUUUGGUUAUCUGGAAAAGAAGAUAUUUUGUAGUUCCCCCCAAAUGACUACAAGAUGGCUUCUUUUCUAAGAAUCGGUAUUCGGCUCCAGGUUCCACUUAAAUAUGUAGGCAUACAUUGAGUGUAAAAACGCUGCUGUUUACCCAUAGAACUACAUUAACGUAAUGUUUUUAGAUGUGCGAUUGUACGUUGACAGUUUUAAAAACAUGUCAUUAUCCAAAUCUUUAAUACUUGCCAAAGUUGAGGUUCAUUGACAGUAACUGAAAAGUGUGAGAGGUUACAUGCCAUGAUUUUUUUUUUGUAAUUUUCUGCUUCUCUUAAAUGUAGGAAAACACUUUGGCGUAUUUUGGGAUAAUCUUUUAGAAAAGCGCACCUUGAAAACACUUUGGAUUUGCCACGCUCUUCCAGACAAAUGACGGUGCUAUUGUAAUGUCAUUUCAAGUGAAGCAAGAAAUGCGUUUCAGUUGUGAACCCAAAAUUUGCUGACUAAACACAAAAUCGAUAAAGCUUUGUCUACUGGCCUACCGAAAAGAACUGAAAACAGAAAAGUAUAUUUGAGACAUAUUUUAGACAAAGUAGCCGACACGCUUGCUUGCCUCAUAUGAAAUUUUAAAUUAGCAUGGAAAUUAGAAAUUUUCACAAUUACUCUUUACAAUGUAAAAUAGAAAAAGUAGUUUUGUUUCAGACAGGAAAUAAAGAAGAGAAUAACAGAUAAAACAUUGUAGUGAAAGGAAAUACAACCAAAUUAACGAAUGACACAUAAGAGUAACCACACACACCAAAUAAAAAUGUGAACUUAUUCACCAGUCUACCUAAUUAUGACGUAUGUUAUUGAUCUCCUUUGCUUGAUGACUUUAACUAGUAAGCGUACUUUUCAUGUCACUUCAGUAUAAACAGUAUUAAGUUUGGAAAAGCUUUUGGAGUUUCCUUUUAGAACUGAAUAAAAACUGGCUAGCAACACUACUGUAAA